GACGCUUUCACAACACAUUGCAGCCCUCCGUUGUGUCACUCAGCACCGACGCCCACUCCGGUCCAACCAGCUCGACGAGGUAUCAAAAACAGCCCCCGCCAGUUCAACGACCCCUCUCGUGAUAUGGCCAUAGGCGUCAUCAACCGCGACUGCUUCAACAAUGCCGACCUCGACGCCCUCGUCACCCAUAUCGUGCUCUUCGGCGGUCCCGAGGACGAGGCCUCCGGCCCCUCCGCUGUCCUGCACUGGCGCAUGCUCCUCCGCCUCGAGGGCGGCGGCUCCGUCACGCUCAACAUGAUCCCACAGGGCCGGCCCUCGCUCGACGGCGUGCUCUUCGUCCGGAGCAACAAAUCCACUAUUCCCCCAGACUCGAUCGACGCGUGCGUCUACGAGACCGCCCGCCCGAUCACCGUCGACGCCAUCCUCGCGUUCAUCCAGCGCAACAAGCUCCACCGGUACAGGUACGAUGCGUGCGGCUCCGGCUGCAGGUGGUGGUGCUACUGCGUGCUCGACGACAUGGCGAGCACCGGGAUCGUGCCCAAGGGCUCCGGCCACAAGUACUGGGCGCACAUCGGCAUCCUGGCCGACCUCGAUCCGAUGCGAUACCCGGAUUGGCGGAGGGGCGAGUUUAUGUGAGGACGCGCGGAAAGUAAGCCGUAUAUGACAGUCCUUCUUCGAUGUUUUUCGUUGAGCUGCACGCCAGGUGCAUGGACGACCACUACGCUGCG